AUGGCCGCAACUGAGCCAAUCAGCAUACAGAGCAGCCGGCAGCUGUGGGUUUUGGCAUUGUUCUUGGGCCAUGCCAGCUGUUCGGUUUUUUUAGUCCUGGUCAACAAGACCAUAUCGAUGUCCUUUCCUUAUGCUUGGACAGUUGUUGCUCUCCAGAACACGGGGACCAUAGUGUGCUCUUGCAUUCUGCAUUUCAAUGGCAAGGUGCUUCUCCGCCGGCUACAGAGGUCUCAGGUGCUUCCGCUCCUCGUAGAUGCCGUUUGGCUGGUUGCGGUGCUGAUGAGCAGCUUCAAAGCCUUGGAGGAGGUUAGCGUUCCACUUUACGUAGUCAUUCGCAAUACUGUCCCAUUUCUUACGGCCCUUUGCGAGCGUGUUGCUCUACAAAAACCCAUGGACGCGAUGCUGGUACUUGCGCUGUUGAUCACCUUCGUCGGUACUAUCCUCUAUUCAGUGACAGACUUUACAAUGCGCUACAACGGUGCAAUGUUUGCCGUCUCCAACGCGGUGUUGGUUGCAGGUAUGUGCACGUACGAGAGAUACCUCAUGACAUCUGCAAAUCUUGGCAUGUCGGCGAUAGACAUAAAUUUCCAUCGUGUGGUUCUUUCGAUGCCGAUGAUCGCAAGCCUCGGCUACAUGGAGGGCUUUCCAGGGACACUCCUGGAGCUGGCUACCCGAAGGUACGAAGCUUCGCUGAUUGCAUCCUCGGCUUUCGCUGCGUUCGGCAUCGGUACGCUCCUUCUGGCUUUACAGGCCGAGGUGUCUGCAACGACUAUCCAGGUUGCCAAUGUCGCAUACAAGUGUGCCACGACUGUCGUGAGCAGACUGACGCAUCCGUCAGAGCUGACAUCGAUGGGAGUUCUCGGCUACUGCAUUUGCACAGGUGGCGUGCUUACCUACACGCUCACGCGCCCUCCCGCAAAAGCAAAGGAUAAGUGA